AGAGAGAGAGAGAUGCUCCUACAUACAACGACGUGCACACUUUCUCGUUUGUGUCCUAGCCACUAUGGCUCGUACGUCUCAACUCUCUUAUUUAAUUCUUUAAAAAGUAUUAUAAAAUAUUAAAUUAUUUAAAUUUUUCUUGUGUGGUUUGUGUGUGUGUUACGUUGCAGGAUAAUUAAAAAUAUCGUCCAUUACUUAAGUGACUUAACAGUAAUGGUGCUUGCUGUUCUUUACUGAGUUCGCUACUUGUCCAAUCGCACUUUUAAGGACUUGCUGACAUCACGUUUCAGGUUCGCUGACAAGUCGGGUUUAAGAACGUGCAGAUAUGGAGGCUUCUAGAACAGUUUUGACAGAAACCCAGAUUCAAGAUUUAAAAGCAGCAUUUUCUAUGCUCGAUAAGAAUCAAGAUGGAAGAGUCAACGCUAGCGAAAUUAAAUCAAUGUUAGAUAAAUUAGGAAUCGUUUUGACAGAUGCAAUGAUACAACAUCUCAUUCAACAAGCGAGUAAACGAGGAGAUGGACUGAUUGACGAAGAAGAGUUUCUAGCUUGGAUGGCAAGACAAACUGUACACGAUGACGAUGUCAUGGAAGAUCUCUUGGCCGCAUUUCGGGUAUUUGACAAAGAUAGAAAUGGAUACAUCAGUAGGGAUGAACUUAAAACGGCGAUGGAUAUGAUUGGAGAACCAAUGUCAGAAGCGCAGUUAGAUGAUAUGUUAAAAGCGACAGACAUCGAUAAUGACGGACGGAUCAAUUAUGAAGAAUUCGUUCGAAUACUCUUAUAAAUCACUCAUAAUGUCAUCAGGGAUUGUUCUGUUGUUGGUGCAAGAUAAUGUAAUAUAUAACAGAACGGGAGUAGUGUAUAAGAAACUGGACUAAUACUACUCUCAAACUUGCUUCAUCGAUUAAACAAAUUAAUGAAUUUUUACACAAGAAGGGCUUCCUUAGGACUCCAUUAAAUAUGCAAAAUAAAAAUUUCCUUCAUAAAAGCUUCAUAAUAUCAUAAAGAGCAAAGAUAUGAUCUCUUUUUCUUUUUUUUUUUGUAUACAUUUUGUUUGAUGUUAACUUUUUAUUUUGUUUUUUCUGCUCCAGUAUUUUUUGCAAUGUCAGACUAUUCCGUCCAUAUAUUUUUUUUCCCUAAUGUUUUAGCGGAUAAAUCUGUACAUAGAGAUUAGAACUAUUUUAGAUUAGUAUAUUUACCCAAUUUAUAUAUCUGAUAAUGUUACCUGUGAUAUUUGGAAAUUUGGAAGCAGUCUGACGAUCUGUGAAUUUAAAAAAAA